GAAUUGAGUUUAUCAAAAAUCGAUAAGUUAUCGAGAGACGACAAUCAGUCUCCUGUUCACAUUCCGCGUCAACAAAGCACCAGAGUGAUUGCUGUAAAUAAUUUGGUGAAGUACAUUUUCUUUUGAAAAGUUCAAUGAAUAACGAAAUUUCAUAGAUUUUGGUGAUGAGAAGGUACGAAUACGUGGAAAAAGUUACAUGCGGCGUCCGCCGGCCGCUAUUGUCGCUACGGCGUCCAUGGCGGCUGCCUCAUUCAGUUGCGUAGUCAUCCAGCUAGGGACUUUUCCACCCGUCAUACUGCCAGAUUCCUCAUAACAGUGUCCACUUUCUAACAUGGCAGAUCGAUUUGUGUUGUACUAUCAUGUGACGGAUAAACUAACGCGUUAAAUGUUAAACUAUUGGUGUAUUUAAUUGUUGUUAUUUAACCAGAAACAGUGUUGAUAUACGCAGAUCGUGAAUUAAAGUGAGUUUCAUAAUGGCGGACAUUAAGAGUCCACCGUUUAGUGACAUCAAGAGACCGGAGGAGGUGGUGGCGAUGGCGAUGAACGACAGCCUCAAAUUUGCCGUGUUGAUCGGCUUAAUCGAGGUUGGACAGGUGUCUAAUCGCGAGGUAGUCAACACCGUUCUUCAUUUGCUUGUCGGUGGAGAGUUCGAUAUGGAGCUGAACUUUGUUAUUCAGGACGCUCAGAACAUCAGGCAUAUGCUAGAGUUACUCGAUCACUGUCCGCCAAACCUCCAGGCUGAAAUAUGGAGUGUUUUCAUCGCGAUAUUGAGAAAAAGUGUGAGGAACCUUCAGGCGUGCACGGAUGUGAGCCUCAUCGAGCACGUACUGCAUCGCUUGUCAAGGGCAGAAACAGUUGUUGCAGAAUGCCAAAAUGUUGAAGAUCUGCUGAUCGAUAUGCUCGGAGUGCUAGCGAGUUACAGUAUAACAGUCAAGGAAUUAAAACUUCUGUUUGGGGCAAUGAAGGCGGUCAAGGGAAAAUGGCCACGACACUCGGCAAAAUUGUUGAACGUACUUCGUCAAAUGCCACAGCGAAAUGGACCCGAUGUAUUUUUCAGUUUCCCCGGGAGAAAAGGAUCGGCAAUUGUUCUACCACCGAUGGCGAGGUGGCCUUACGAAAGUGGUUACACCUUCACAACGUGGUUCCGUCUCGACCCUAUCAACUCCGUUAAUAUCGAGAGAGAAAAGCCGUACCUCUACUGUUUCAAAACGAGCAAGGGAGUCGGAUACUCGGCCCAUUUCGUUGGUAACUGCUUGGUACUUACUUCGAUGAAAGUUAAGGGCAAGGGCUUCCAACACUGUGUCAAAUAUGAGUUUCAACCACGAAAGUGGUACAUGAUCGCCAUAGUGUACAUAUACAAUAGAUGGACGAAAAGCGAGAUAAAAUGUUUGGUAAACGGACAAUUGGCAUCAAGUACGGAGAUGGCGUGGUUUGUUUCCACGAACGAUCCAUUCGAUAAAUGCUACAUCGGUGCCACUCCGGAAUUGGAUGAGGAGCGAGUAUUUUGCGGUCAAAUGAGUGCAAUAUAUCUGUUCAGCGAGGCGCUCACUACCCAUCAAAUUUGCGCAAUGCACAGACUCGGACCAGGAUACAAAAGCCAAUUUCGGUUUGACAACGAGUGUUACCUGAAUUUACCCGACAAUCAAAAAAGGGUGAGUGAUGAACAGGAGCCCCCAAGCAUGGUCGACCAAAGUAUGCAAACUGUCCUGUACGAUGGGAAAUUGUCGAAUGCAAUAGUAUUCAUGUACAACCCAGUGGCAACGGACUCUCAAUUGUGCCUGCAAAGUGCACCAAAGGGCAAUGUGUCAUACUUCGUUCACACACCCCACGCCCUCAUGCUCCAGGACGUUAAAGCAGUUAUUACACAUUCCAUACACAGUACACUGAAUUCCAUCGGUGGAAUUCAAGUGUUAUUUCCAUUAUUUUCACAAUUGGACAUGCCUUAUGAUUGUAUAGCACCCAACGACAUCAAACGAGAUCCCAGUCUAUGUUCAAAACUAUUGGGAUUCAUCUGCGACCUCGUAGAAACUUCGCAGACAGUACAGCAGCAUAUGGUACAAAAUCGAGGCUUCCUAGUCAUCAGUUUUAUGCUCCAACGAGCGAGCAGAGAGCACCUAACCACCGAAGUUCUUGCCUCCUUUUUGGAACUUACCAAGCACCUUGUCACAUGUUUAAGUGCUAACAGCGAUUUACUAUUAAAACAGUUGUUUUAUUUUUCAUUUUUAACCUGGCAGCUGUUGGACCAUGUCCUGUUUAAUCCAGCUCUAUGGAUUUACACACCAGCUCCAGUGCAAACACGUCUUUAUUCAUACUUGGCAACAGAAUUUCUCAGCGAUACCCAGAUUUAUUCAAAUGUCAGGCGUGUAUCAACGGUACUGCAAACAGUUCAUACACUGAAGUAUUACUACUGGGUGGCAAAUCCACGAGCUAAAAGUGGAAUAACACCGAAGGGAAUGGAUGGACCCCGCCCGCAACAAAAGGACAUCUUAACAAUCCGUUCAUACAUCCUCCUCUUCCUAAAGCAGCUCAUAAUGAUUGGCAAUGGUGUAAAAGACGAUGAGCUUCAGAGUAUCCUAAAUUACCUAACGACAAUGCACGAGGACGAGAAUCUCCACGACGUCCUCCAAAUGUUGAUCUCUUUGAUGUCAGAGCAUCCCUCCUCAAUGGUCCCAGCAUUCGACGCAAAACAAGGUGUUCGCACUAUAUUCAAACUAAUGGCUGCUGAGAGCCAGCUGAUAAGGCUCCAAGCACUGAAACUCCUUGGAUUUUUCCUCAGUCGUAGCACGCACAAGCGCAAGUACGACGUAAUGAGUCCUCAUAACCUCUACACCCUCUUAUCAGAGCGUCUCCUCCUAAACGAAGAGACCUUGCUCCUCCCCACCUACAACGUACUGUACGAGAUAAUGACUGAGCACAUAAGCCAGCAUAUUCUCUACACAAGACAUCCAGAGCCAGAGUCCCACUAUCGACUGGAGAACCCGAUGAUUCUGAAAGUCGUCGCCACGCUGAUAAGACAAUCCAAGCAGUCAGAAGCACUGUUGGAUGUGAAGAAGCUAUUUCUAUCGGAUAUGACACUGCUUUGCAAUAAUAAUCGAGAGAAUCGUCGUACAGUUCUGCAGAUGUCAGUCUGGCAGGAGUGGCUGAUUGCAAUGGCUUAUAUUCAUCCCAAGGAUUCGGAGGAGCAGAAAAUGUCGGACAUGGUUUACUCUCUUUUCCGAAUGCUUCUUCAUCACGCAGUGAAGCACGAGUACGGUGGUUGGCGAGUGUGGGUAGACACUGUAGCAAUUGUCCACUCGAAAGUGUCAUAUGAGGAAUUUAAACUACAAUUCGCCCAAAUGUACGAGCACUACGAGCGUCAACGCUCCGACAACAUAACAGAUCCCGAAGUGAGACAGCAGAGGCCAAUCAGUACUAUUUCUGGUUGGGAUCAGCAGCACAGUGGUAACAAUGGUUACAGCAGGCCAUCAGCAUGGACAGUACAGCAGUCACAAGAUGUGCAGAGUAUCGAGAGAAAUUACAAAGAGUACGAUGGAAUUGAGAGCAAUGACAGACUAGAAGAAUCGUGCAGCUGUGACUUAAAUUCCAUCGACAAUACUGAGAGCGAUGGAAGCCCAUCUAUUGUCAAGUCACGAAGUGAUAAUCUAGCAUUACCAUCGAGUGAAGCUGUUUCAUUGGACUCGAGAUUGAGUGAAAAGCUGGAAGCACCAGUAGUUGUUGAGAAUCAUGUUGAAACACCAAUGAUACAGGAGGAAGUUAAUAGCGAGGGACUUUCGUUACCAACCACCCACGAAACUAGUGAAGUUGUAUCGAUUGAGAGCUCCAGUGAGCUUUACAGUGAAGUGCACAAAGUUGAGAGCUCAAGCACUGACUCAAUGGGACAGGAGGGUGGCAAGAAGGAGGGCAUUAACAGAGAUGAGCAUGUGAACAAUGUUGUCGUUCAAGUUGUCGAUGGAAAUGGGGAAUCGGUGACAGCUGUUACGAGUGAUACUGAUGGAAAUGAAUUGAUCGAGAAAAUUCAGACGCCUGAAUCGACAGUAGUUGAUGAGAAAAUGAACGCUGAUGAAGUAGAAAAGGAAAGUAAAGAUAUUGUCGAUAAAAGUGAUCAAGUAAUCAAAGAGAAUGAUACAACAGACGCAAAUGAUAACGACAAGAUCAUCCCAGAAACUGACAAGAUUGAGUGUCAAGUUCCUGCAACUGUUCCAGAAAUCAUAAUUCAAGAUAAGGACAUCGGUCUUGAGAACGUAAACGGUGAGAUAACAUCGAGUAGUUCAGGAGACAAUAAAGAAUCUUCAGAGACUGAAGAAACAGCUUCAAUGGAGGAUAAGCCUUCAGCUGAUCAAAAAGAGGUGAAAUUACUUCCUAAAGAGGGUGAGCCGGAGUCUGAGGAUGAGAAAAUUUCAGAAGUAAAAAAUCCAGUCGAAGAUAGCUCAAAGAAAACAGAAGGCUCAUCAGUGGCAAUGGAAUCCACUGACCCAAUAGUAUCCGCAAAACCAGAGAAAAGCACUGAGGAUGAGGUGCAUCCCACUGAAUUAGAAAACAUUCCAGAUGAUAAAGAGGUGAAAGAGGCGAUUGAUUUGGAGAGCCCACACUCCGGUGAAGUCCGAACAAAUUCUGAGCCUGAGAAGACUGUUGAAUCUCAAGCUAAUGGGGGAGAGGUAGACAAACAGAACGGUGAUAUCAAUGAGGUGAAGGAAAGCCUGGAUAUUAAUGGGGGUGCGAAAGCUGAGGAUGAGCUGAAGAAUCAAAUAGAUGAUGAGAGUGUGAAUAUUGAUUCGUCUGAAAUCUCCUCGACUGAUAAGGCUGUUGAUGUUAUACCAGAUGGGGGUAAUGCAACUGUUGACGACAGUGAUGAUGCCGAGAAUAAAGAAGAGAUUGUUAAUGAUAUGAAAGAAACGUCCGAGAAUACAGUGGUUGAGGGUGACGUCGAUACACCGACUGAUAAUGACAAAAAUGAUACUGUAAAAUGUAUAAAUUGCUCAACUAGCGUAGAUGAUUGCACCGAUGCUACAACUGGAGAGGUUCGAGUUGGGGUGGAUGCAUUAAAAUUGAUAGAGAAUAGUAUUACCAAUGGUGAGUGCAAAGCUGAUGGUGAUAUACUUGAUAAUGAUGAUAAAUGCGUGGUUAAUGGUGAUGGUAAUGGUAAUGAUGAGAACAUUUCUGAUAAUGACACAAGAGAACCGUCCAAUAUUUCUACUAGUAUAAGUGAUAAUCCAGUUGCAUCAGUACGUACUGAUGAGGUAGAAGUAAAUGAUAGUGUUACUGAUAGUAUUGAUGUUCAAAAAACUGUAGAUAACACGACGCAAGUGCCAAAUAAGACCCAAAUACCAACAAUAUCUACGGUCUGUGAUGAAACUAAAAAUAUACAUGAUGGUGUGCCUCAAAACAUUAGUCAUAAUGGAGAUGAAUUGGACAAUCCACUGGUUAAUGAUACAAGUUGUAAGAAUGGACAGCAUGAUGUACAUCGUAGAGCAAGUUUGCCGAAUGUUGGGACUGAUAAUUGUGCGGAUGGAGGUGGAGAGGAGACACAGUUACCUGUACCUAGGAAAAAUUCAUCACCCCAGAAGAGACCAAGGAGUGCCUCAACUUCCACGCAGGUGGAUCCUAAUCACUUUGAGUCGAAACGAGCAAAACCGGAAAAUCCGUCGACCAGGCCAAUGUUCAGUCCAGGCCCGAGCAGACCCCCAUUCAGAAUACCAGCGUUCAAGUGGUCCUACAUACAUCAGAGAUUGCUCUCUGACGUUUUAUUUUCCCUGGAGACUGACAUUCAAGUUUGGAGAAGUCACUCGACAAAAUCAGUUCUGGAUUUUGUUAACAGCAGUGAGAAUGCAAUUUUCGUCGUCAACACUGUUUAUCUGAUUUCACAACUUGCAGAUAAUUUGAUCAUUGCUUGUGGGGGAUUACUGCCACUCUUGGCAUCCGCAACUUCACCAAAUAGCGAAUUGGAUGUCAUUGAACCAACUCAGGGUAUGCCUAUAGAAGUAGCCGUAUCUUUCCUCCAGAGGCUAGUUAAUAUGGCCGACGUACUAAUUUUCGCAAGUUCCUUAAAUUUUGGUGAAUUCGAGGCUGAGAGAAAUAUGUCCAGUGGUGGCAUUCUCCGUCAAUGUCUCCGUCUGGUCUGUACUUGUGCUGUUAGAAACUGCUUAGAGUGUAAAGAACGCGGCAGAACGUACAGCAUGUUAGGGCGGCAGAUUGGUUCUAGUAAUAAAUCACAGCACAUUCAAUCCCUUAUUCGAGGAGCACAAACGUCGCCAAAGAAUAUUGUGGAUAAUUUGGCUAGUCAAUUGAGCCCAGUUAAGGAUCCGGAGAAGCUCCUUCAAGAUAUGGAUGUCAAUCGACUAAGAGCUGUUAUUUACAGAGAUGUUGAAGAAACCAAACAGGCACAGUUUCUGUCCCUGGCUAUAGUUUACUUCAUCUCUGUACUUAUGGUAUCGAAAUAUCGUGACCUCCUGGAGCCACCAAUCUCCCAGAGGCCACCAAGCCCAGUGCAAUCGAUUCAGACGAACGGAGCCAAUAUCAGAUCGGGAAGCCCAUCAGCAGAUGGGAAUGGUGGUGGAGGAGGUCGUCCACUAUUUCCACAGUGGUCACACCACGUCUAUCCUCAGUUCCUUCCGGGUUCACACCCCGCAGCCAAUGCCAAUGUCAAUGCGAACCACCACAUCAGCCAGCACCACCACCAGCACCCGCUACCGGCUGCCAGGCACACAAAUCGCCAGACCCAAUCCGGCUAUUAUGUCCCAAAUCAUCAUAGUAAUCAUUACAAUCAUCACCCAAAUAAUUACAACUAUCACCGUCAUCAUUAUUAUCAUCAUCAUAAUAACAACAAUCACCAUCACUCGCUUCAAAAGCAUAACGAUCAGCCCCGAAAUAUCUAUCAUAGAAACUCCGGUGUCGGUAUGCAAGGGAGCGGAGGGAUCAUGAGUCAAUCGGGAUCUCAGGAUGAUGGGGAGUACGAGGUUAUCAUUGUGGAUGAAAAUAAUUCCUCCAUCCUUGCCGACCACGAUGUCACCUCAUCGGGCCCACCCUCCACAAAGGGAGGUAACAGUGGUGUACCUCGGACGCGGACAAUCCUCGAGGAUUACGCCUCGUCAGGGCCGACUAUCGGCACUUCGACUAGACCCGACCAAGUGACAAGAAAUGCCCAGAGCAACGACUCUAGUGAAGAGGCGAUGCACCGUUCCAACAUCACAGCAGACCCAAGUCCCUCGGACAUCACAACAGAUAACGAGAAUAAGCAUAAUUCAUCAGAAGAAGCGUGGACGGAUGUUAAUCUCAACGAAGACGGCGAUGCAAUGCCCAUAACAAAUGCUCGAGAAGACCCACGGAACAUUCACAAUAUGUCACACGUUCACGACCCCGAUAGCGAGGGGAAUGUCUUGGAUCAAGAGACCCUCAGAGACCCAGAGCGAGGUGAAAAGCCUUCAGGUGAAAUUUCCGUUGUUCGUGUACCCGAACGUCUGCUGGUUAACUCGUCGUCUCCAAGGCCCGAUGAUCUACCGAUCAAAGGUCUCGUCGAGCAUUUGCCGAUUCCAACACCUUCCAGAGAAGCCUCACUGACUCAGAAACUCGAGAUGGCCCUGGGAUCAGUCUGUCCACUUCUUCGGGAGAUAAUGGUCGACUUUGCUCCCUUUUUAUCGAAGACUCUCGUUGGCUCACACGGCCAGGAACUCCUCAUUGAGGGAAAAGGUUUGACAACUUUUAAGAACAGCACGUCUGUCGUGGAACUUGUCAUGCUUCUGUGCUCUCAGGAAUGGCAGAAUUCAUUGCAGAAACAUGCAGGACUGGCGUUUAUCGAACUUAUCAAUGAGGGAAGAUUACUGUCUCACUCAAUGAAAGAUCAUAUCGUGCGAGUUGCAAAUGAAGCUGAAUUCAUUCUAAAUAGAAUGAGAGCUGAUGAUGUCCUUAAACACGCAGAUUUCGAGUCGCAAUGUGCUCAGACACUUCUGGACCGACGAGAAGAAGAGAGAAUGUGCGAUCACUUGAUAACAGCAGCACGAAGACGAGAUAAUGUCAUUGCUAGUCGACUCAUGGAAAAAAUUAGAAACAUCUUGUCGAAUAAGCACGGUGCCUGGGGGUACACUGAUCCAAUGGCUGCCAAUCUCGACGAACUUGACAGAUUAGCAGAGUACUGGAAGCUAGACGCCUGGGAGGACGAUGCAAGACGUCGUAAACGCUUUGUGCACAACCCUCUCGGAUCUAGUCAUCCAGAAGCAACGCUCAAAGCGGCUCUGGAGCAUGGGGCCCCUGAGGAUGCAAUCCUCCAGGCACGGGAGGAGUUCCAUGCCCACUUGGCAGCAUCACGCGCUCAUCAGCAACAACUGCAGUCCACUGAUCUCAUGGACGAUAGUGAAUUACUGUCCGAUGAUAGGGAUCUUGAUAGUGACUUGACUGGUCCAGUUAAUAUCAGCACUAAAGGAAAACUCGUUGCUCCUGGUAUUGUUGCACCUGGCAUCAUCUCCAUAACGUCCACUGAACUUUAUUUCGAAGUCGAUGAGGAGGAUCCUGAGUUUAAGAAAAUCGACAGCGAGGUUUUAAAAUUCUGCGAUCAUCUUCACGGCAAGUGGUACUUCUCCGAAGUCCGUGCGAUAUUCUCACGGCGAUAUUUGCUUCAAAAUCUCGCCAUUGAGAUUUUCCUCGCCAGCAGAACCUCGAUCCUCUUCGCCUUUCCGGAUCAGACGACAGUCAAGAAGGUGAUCAAGGCACUGCCGAGAGUCGGCGUAGGCAUCAAAUACGGAAUUCCACAGACUAGGAGAGCUUCGAUGAUGUCACCCAGACAACUAAUGAGAAGCUCCAACAUGACUCAAAAGUGGCAACGGAGAGAGAUAUCAAACUUCGAAUACCUCAUGUUCCUGAACACAAUCGCUGGACGAACCUACAAUGACUUGAAUCAGUAUCCAGUCUUUCCUUGGGUACUCACUAAUUAUGAGACUAAGGAGCUUGAUCUGAGCUUACCCAGCAAUUACCGUGACUUGUCCAAGCCAAUUGGAGCACUCAAUCCAAGCAGGAGAGCCUACUUCGAGGAGCGUUUCCAGAGUUGGGAACACGACAGCAUUCCGCCUUUUCACUAUGGCACUCAUUAUUCAACAGCCGCUUUCGUCCUUAAUUGGCUGAUACGAGUGGAGCCCAUGACCACGAUGUUCUUGGCGCUUCAGGGUGGCAAGUUUGAUUAUCCCAACAGGCUAUUCUCGUCAAUUGCACUGUCUUGGAAGAAUUGUCAGAGGGACACGUCUGACGUCAAGGAACUCAUUCCCGAAUUCUUCUUCCUUCCGGAGAUGUUGGUGAACACGAAUAACUACCGUCUAGGGAGGAACGAGGACGGUAGCUCGGUGGGUGACGUCGAUCUGCCUCCUUGGGCUAACUCUCCAGAAGAAUUUAUCAGAAUCAAUAGAAUGGCAUUGGAGUCUGAAUUUGUAUCCUGUCAGCUUCAUCAGUGGAUCGAUCUGAUUUUCGGAUACAAGCAAAGAGGCCCCGAAGCAGUUCGUGCAACGAACGUAUUUUAUUACUUGACAUACGAAGGAAGUGUAGAAUUGGAUUCGAUAAGUGAUCCAGUUAUGAAAGAAGCCAUCGAAAAUCAGAUAAGGAAUUUUGGUCAAACUCCAUCCCAACUGUUGAUGGAGCCUCAUCCUCCGAGAAGUUCAGCGAUGCAUUUGUCCCCAAUGAUGUUCUCAAGUAUUCCUGACGACGUCUGUAUGACCAUUAAAUUCCCAUCAAAUUCACCAAUCUGCCAUAUCUCAGCAAAUACCUACCCACAAUUACCAUUACCAUCGGUAGUGACAGUUACCACUGGCCAGCAGUUUGCUGUUAAUCGAUGGAACACCAAUUACGCUGCCUCGGUGCAGUCACCGAGUUACGCCGAUACGCCUCAAGCACAGGCUGUUAAUCAACCACUGUCAAUGGAUCCUGUCUUGUCCCAAACCGCCAAUCACUCGAAUCAAGCGUUGAAGAGGCACUUGGGUGAUAAUUUUAGUCAGAAACUCAAGAUACGAAGCAACUGCUUCGUUACAACGGUCGACAGCAGGUUCCUGGUGGCUUGUGGCUUCUGGGACAACAGUUUUCGAGUUUUCUCCACCGAGACAGCUAAAAUCGUUCAGAUUGUCUUCGGACAUUAUGGAGUUGUGACGUGCUUGUCCAGAAGUGAGUGUAAUAUCACGUCUGAUUGUUAUAUUGCAUCUGGCAGUGCUGAUUGCACUGUACUACUGUGGCACUGGAAUGCAAGAACACAGACAAUUGUGGGGGAGAGCGAGGCACCAGCACCCAGGGCCACGCUCACCGGUCAUGAACAGCCGGUUACAGCUGUUGUCAUAUCGGCGGAAUUGGGGCUUGUCGUGUCGGGAUCUUAUUGUGGACCAGUUCUGGUGCACACAACAUUCGGGGACUUGCUGAGAUCCCUAGAGGCUCCGAAUGGUUUCACCUCGCCUGAAAACAUCGCCAUGUCCAGGGAAGGCGUGAUAGUUGUGAAUUACGAGCGCGGUCAUAUCGCCGCAUUCACCAUAAACGGUAAACGAUUGCGUCACGAGUCCCACAACGACAAUCUCCAGUGUCUGUUGCUGAGCAGAGACGGCGAGUAUCUUAUGACAGGAGGCGACAAGGGGAUUGUCGAGGUCUGGAGAACUUUCAAUCUGGCGCUCCUCUAUGCAUUCCCCACUUGCGAGAGCAGUGUUAGGUCACUAGCGCUAUCUCACGACCAGAAGUUUUUACUCGCUGGGUUGGCAAAUGGUUCUAUCGUCAUUUUCCACAUCGAUUUUAAUAGGUGGCAUCACGAAUUCCAGCAGAGAUACUGAAACUACGGUUGUCUCUUCGUUCGUUAUUAAAUGAUUCACACAAAAAUGAAAGCUAAGUAGUAAGUCAUAAUGCAAUCACAUCACAAUGGUACCGCAUAAUCGAUGAAUUUGUACUUAAAAUAUGUGUUAAUACGGAGAAGCUCGUGAAAAUAUUGAUCGGCUUCAGGAGUAUUAUCGGAACGAAGUAGCAGUGAAAUUAGCGUAAGUAGACAAUUAAACUGUACUUAAUGAGAGAAGAGAUUUUUUGUAUUAUCGAAACAUUGAACAACAAGUACUUAGGAACUAGGCGUUUGUAUUAAUCAAUGUCGGAGCUGAAGCCCGAAUUUAUUUAAAAAAAUUGAUUCUUCCACUCACAAUAUUAUUUUAUAAUAAAAUCUAUGAAAUUCGUGCGGAAAUUCCAUAGAAUUUCUACAGGACUUUUAUUGAAAGCUCUAUCAGCUUUGAAUCAAUUUUAUUGGAGGAAUUUUUCACAGUAAAAAUUGAUAGACUUUUUCGUGGAAGUUCAAGUGAAAUGAAAUGAAAUUCUCUAGACAAUUCACUGGAUUUUUAAUAAUCUUUUUUUGUGAGUGUGACGAAGAAGAAUGGUUUUAAAUGAUUGAUCAAAAAUUGCUAUCGUUAUGAGAUAAAUGCUUGAUAAUUAUCUGUCUAUGAGCUGCAUUCUGGGAUAGCACAGAAACGCUAGUCAAUUAAAAACGAAUGAUUAUUCUUUCCCCAAGAUUUUCAGUCAAGCAAAAACCUCCAAUUAACGCAAGUUGCAAUUGUCAAAUACUUAAUGAUACAAGUGACAAAAAAAUUAUUAAAAAACAUUAAUAAUACCAAAAUGGCGUGUGGACUUAUUUUUGUGUAUUAAUGCAUAUAAGUGGGGUUGACAGUAUACAUACUAUACAUUGUUUACGUUGUAAUUUCCUGUGUAAAUAACCAAUUAUCUCAGUGUUAUACAAAAAUUACCUUGUAACGAGAAAGAAAAGGAAAAAAAAUUGAAAAAAAUGUCCCGUUGACAUUCUGUAAUUAUCACGCGAUCGUUACGUUUGCUGCUCGUAAAGAUAAACAGUUGUAAUUCCAUGGCUUUCGUGCCACCGUUGUCCGACGAUGAGGAAGAGUCUCCGUGAACAAAAACAAAUCCGUAUUUUCUAAAACAAACGAGAGUAAAUCCUAAAACGUAAAAAUACAGGUUUUCCCAGCGAUCGGAAAAUUUAUCGCGUACUCCUGAAUAAAAUCCUAAUUUCAUAAGAGCCGUCCAGCUUAACUUUGUGAGGAUAUUUCUUGAUAUUUUCGCAUAUUUCGCAAAAUAAAUUUUAAAAAGUCAAGCAAGACCGGAGAGAAUAAUUUUAAAAAUAUACUUAGACCAAUUGCAGCACCAGAAGCAAUAGAAAUAUUCAAUUGCACCUUGAGAACGUCAAAAUCAGCAUCUUGAUGUAGGUGAGGGCAUUCCCUCUGAACUUGCUUUAGAAAUGAAGAAAAAAAGUGAGAAACUUGAAAUUAUGUGGAGAUGGGAGAAUAAAAUCAAUUGUUUUAUUCACUCAUCGCCAUUGCAAAGUGAAUGGAUAAAUGUUACUUAUAUACAUACGCCGAGUAUAAAUACUAAUGUAUACAUAUAAAUAAUAAAAAUAUAAAUAAUGAAUAUAUAUAUAUGAUUGUAUAAAACAGGUGAGAAAAAUACGUGCCCUGUUGGGCACAUGUAAUAUAAUUGGCGUACGCAAUCGAGUACUGAAAUUUGUGAGAUAAUGAAUUCCUCACUAACAGGACGGCACAUGCUUCUAAAACAAUUAUUGAUAUUUUAUUGUCCGCGUGAAUAAUUAAACACAAAGUAAAAGAUUUUUUCAUCAUGCGAAAAGGAAAAGUAAAACAUUGCAUAUGUCUGUAACGAUAAAGAAAAUUAUUCGCGACACUUUGAUCGGUGUCAUGAUUAGUGAUGUCGAUUGACGUUCGCUUUUUGUAUUGUAUAAAAUAUAAUUCACAUUUUCAUGAAGAAACUAGUAAUGACUAUGCAAUUAGGUGAAAUAUUACCGAGCAAAUUAAAUUUGAGACAGAAUAAUCAUGCGUUAUAGUUGAGAGCUUGAGGAAGGUUGAGAAUGUACGGAGAGAAAGUUGAUAAAUGAAUGACUAUACGUGAAGAAAUUAAUUAAUUUAAAGGGUCAAGUAAUUUUGUCAAUCAAUAAAUUCAACAAUCACAUCAAUCAAUCAAUGUUCAUAUUUCGUUUAAGUUGAAUUUGCUGUAGGUCCCCAAUUAAUAAUUAUUGCAUUAAGGAUGUCCACGUAAUUUGGAAAAUUUUAUUAUGGAUUUUCCAUCAUAAAAAUUAAUUGUGUGGAACUGUGAAAAGGGCUUAAUCUGUAGAGUGAUCUGUGAGAAAAUACUUGGAUGUCCUUACGAAUUUUUAUGUUCUCUCUUCUCGCCAUUGCACCUUCUAACUAGUCAGAUGAAAAUUAAUGAAACAGGAUAUUAUACAUAGAAAUUGAUCAGUAAAAUAUGCAGAAUAUGGGAAAAAUUCGGCAGGUCAAAUUAGUCGUUAUGUAUUUAAUAUUAUAUACUAGAAAUAUUGUAGAAUUUUAUUGAGGGAAUGUGAAAUGCAUGGCGCCGUUGUGUGAUUCUCGUCAUUCAUGCUUGUCGAGUAAUUAGUUGUUGAUAAUUCGUGAGAGUGAAUAUAAAUACGAGAGAAAGAUGAGGAGAAAAUGGAGGCAGGCUGAUGUUGUGAUUUCAUCGACGAAAAAAAUUUAAUUGAUAACAUUUUGUCAGCAUUGAGAAUAUGUUUACCAGAAAAAUCUUUUUCGUAGAUGUUGAUACAAGAAAAAAAAUCUCUUCAUUAUUGUUGCAAUUACCGUUACAUUCCAGUGGCAUUUUCCCCGCAAUUACCACGAAAUCGGCAUUAUAACAAAUACCAAACGACAUGAUGAGGUGAUCAAUUAGAUGUACUUACAUUCCACUGCAGCAAAAUCUAUCGUACGAGUGAGUGAGUAAUAACAAAAAUCCCUUAACUAAAAAUUCGCUCAAAGGCAAUGCAUUUAAUCGACAGGAAAAUGUCAUCUCGCCCGCGAGAAUUUUUUACAAUUUGUUUAUAGUCAAUGUACGAGUGCUGCAAUCUUCUAUCAGAGGCAAAAUGUUGUUAGUAAAUUCCCUCCAUUAAGUGAGAAAAAUAAUUGCAAAUUUGAAUUAAAAUGCAAAUGAAACUCAAAUCAAUUUCUGUCCGAAACUUAAAGAAAAAAAAAUGAGAAAACUACAAAAAAAGUAUCAAUAUAAAAUAAUGCUAUUUUAAAUAACGCUAAGUACAAUGCUACGAGAGUUCGCCUAUAUUAUUACCACAUAAAAUUGAAGAAAAGAUAAAUAACAACUUCCGAAUCAAUGAAUAAAUUAAAUUCAAAGAAAUGCAAAGUAAAUUUAAUGUUGAAAGGUAUAAUCCGAAUGGAUUUGUAUAUUCGAUGAGUAUGCACAUUAAUGUUUACGUGUGGAGUAAUAACACUUAUCCGCAUUUAAUAUUAAGCAUCAUUCAAAUGAAAUCAUUGAAAUACAAAGGUGUAUGAGCUGUGUAAAAAUUUAAUUUGUCCAAUUCAUUGGUAUUUUAUGAUUGAUUGAACCCUCCCACUCACCAAAAAUUGAAUUAUAAUGUAUCAACAAUCAAUUUAAUAAUCUCGAGGCAUUGAGAAUCGAAAUGAGUAUAAAAUAAAACCAUAAAUUUCUGAAAAUAAUUCUAUUAGCUUUGUAAUAAACCAAUUAAUUCGCAAAAUUUAGAGUGAAGCGUCUAUAAACAUCCUUAGUAUGAAUAUCAUUAGAGACAGAGUUGGAUUGAAACUUAACGUUGCAAUUUCCUUCACUGCGUAACUCAAUGACUUGAAUUUGAGCAUUCAAAUAAUUCAUCAUUCGAGGGAAAAAAUAACGAUCGCUUUAGAUUUUUUACCGCCCGCGAAUUAGUGACAUGUGUAAACUACUCGAUCAGUAGGCUGCUCGAUAAUUAGUCAUUACUGUAAUAUCGCAACUUGUUACCACGCGUAGAUUAUUUUAUUCCAUAUGAGAAGUAAAAUCCAGUUCCCAUAGGGAGAGCCAUAAAAGUUGUAGCAGUUCGAGUGGCCUAACAAUGUCUUCAAUCACAUUAAUUGAUGAACAUUUAUUCCCUUGAUUUGUUAUACUAGUUUAGAAAAGGUAGGUCACACAACAUUUUGAAGAUUCUUGUGUUGCAUUUUAAUGAGUAAAAAACUUAUCAACAAUCACAAAUUGCAUUUUCCCCAUCGUUCAUCUUCAUCGACGGACAAAGGGAGAUAAAUAUAACUACGAAGCUCACCGCCACUUUUACAAGAAAAAAAAAUUAAUUAAUGAAAAAUAAAAAUGAAUAAACGGAAAGGACUUGAAAAAUGCGAAUAGGUACUUAAAUCGUUGCUACUUACCUAAACAUAAGCUCUAUUGCUUAUUUUAUACUUAGUUAUAUGGUAAUAAUUCGAAAUGAAAAAUAUAGAAGUAAUAUAAUGGGCAAGUUGUAUUAUCGUAUUGUAAGGUAGAAUAAUUAUGUAAAGAUACAUAGAGAAAAAAUAAUAAUAAACGCAAAGUACAUUUGA